AUGAAGUCCUGUACCUCCUGUCUCUAUGUCUUUGUACUAGGGCUGAUCAUAGGUUUGGAUUUGUUGGUCCAUUGCGACAUUCCUGAUUCUCUGAAUGGAGCGUAUCUGCAUGGAGAUGUUAAUUGUGCUAUUUUGUCAUCGAUUCACUCAAAAGUCAUUGAUCUUCACAAGCGAACACGUCCAGAGCCGUUCAUCUGUAGUGAUUUUAAUUCGAACAUGUUUGUACAAUCGUUGGCUGCCCUCCACACAAUUGAAGAAAUCAACAAUGCUUCAUUUCUUCCGGGAAUUAAGUUUGGAUAUGUAGUCUGUGACCCGUGUUCAUCUCCUACUAAAGCGUUGCACUGUCUGGAACAUCUAUUGGCUAUAAACGGAUCUCUGCCGGUUCUCUCCGACUACUCAGAUUUCCGUCCCUCAGUGAAAGCACUUUUCGGGGAAGGAUACUCUGAAUUAUCUAUCGCUGUUGCCAAACUCCUCGGCCUCUACUUGUUUCCUCAGAUCAGCUGUACCUCUUCUUCACCAGUCCUCAGUGACAAACUGCGUUAUCCGUCUUUCAUGCGUGUCAUUCCGAGUGAUGUCCACCAGGCUAAAGCACUAAUCAAGCUAAUGACCAGUUUCUCAUGGGAUUUGGUCGGUAUGGUUUAUGGAGACGAUGACUACGGUAGAGCAGCCCACCAGAGUUUACUGCAAGAGGCCAAGGGAAAAGUAUGUUUCGCUUUUGAGAAGGAAGUAACGCACUACUUGGACCACGUGGAUGUUGAUAAGCAAGUCAAAGAUGCUGUUGACACUAUACGAGCUUCAUCCGCACAGGUCGUGCUUCUUAUUUUAAAGCCACAGCUGGUGGAAAAGAUCUUUAAAUGGAUGAUUCAAACCAACACAAACAGAAUCUGGAUCGCAAGUGAUGUCUGGUCCAUGUUCGGUCCAUUAACAAAGAUGCCAGACAUAAAUAAAGUGGGUGACAUUUUUGGCUUUUCCUUUACCAUGGGGAAUAUACCAGGGUUUGAAGAUUACUUGAAAAACCUCAGGCCAACACCAGGGGCAAGAAAUGACUUCAUUGAGGAGUACAAAGAGUUGCGACUGAACUGCUCCAUCUCACCUCUGAACUGUAGCGUAGAUGAAUUGGGUGUGGUGGACCUGAGGGAGGUUUACAGUCAGAGAGUGGCAGUUUAUGCGGUAGCUCAUGGUCUCAAAAAACUCCUUAAAUGUAACGAGACCACCUGCAACGGUGAUAUCAACUUUCCACCUUGGCAGCUGAUGGAAAGUAUUCGCAGUGUGAAUUUCACACUUGAUGGCACUACACAUUACUUUGAUGAGAACGGGGACUUUACGGAUGGUUAUGACCUCAUACGGUGGAAGAAAACUGAUGUUGGUCGAAUUAUUGAAGUUGUUGGAAAAUUUCUCUUGAAUAAAGGAGAAGUGGAGCUACUAAAUGAAUUACAAGAGUUAACCUCUUCAGUUCAGGUCCAGUUUAAAUGCUUAGAGUCCUGCGGGCCGGGCAGCAGUAAGAGCGUGACAAACAAUUCCUGCUGCAUCAGCUGCAUUGUUUGUCUUGAAGGAACUUACACGGAUAAAUACGAUGAAAGCAGCUGUCAUAAAUGUCCAGAGGAACAGCACUCACUAGAGAAUGCAACUGAAUGCAAGCCAUUCAUUGAGAAAUAUCUCUUCUGGUCUGAAGCAUAUCCCAUUGUUCUGUUAGUGGCAGCAGCAAUAGGCAUCAUUCUGGUGUUCACUUCAUUUAUCAUUUGUCUUACAAACAGAGAGACACCAGUAAAUAGAAUGGCUAAUGUUAAACUGUCUUGUUUUAUGCUGCUGGGCCUGAUGGUUAGCUUCAUUGAUGUAAUCAUUUUUAUUGGCAAGCCAAACAAACGUCUGUGUCAGGCGCAACAGGCUGUGUACGGCCUUGGUUUCACUUUGUGCGUUUCUAGCAUCCUUGUUAAAGCCUAUCACACCUUUGUGACAUUCAUGCCCUUAAAUCCGAGCACACAACAUCAUCUUGAAAAACUCAACAAGCCUUUAAUAAAUUUAUUCAUGCUUACCGUGGGUCAAGGAGUCAUCCUGAAUUUCUGGCUGAUUUUGGACUCUCCUGAUGUACAGAGGGAGUAUCCUGGAAGUGGAAUGGUGAAGUAUGUCAUCUGUAACGAGGGAUCUAUUGCAGGCUUCGCAGUCAUGCAUGUUUAUAUUGCUCUGUUGGCCCUAAUUUGUUUUCUUCUUGCCUUCAUGGUCAGAAGAGUCCCACAGGAUUUUAAUGACACAGGGCCCAUUAUCUUCAGCAUGUUGAUUCACCUGUUUGCCUGGCUUGGCUUUAUUCCCAUUUACAUUAAUAAGAACCAGACGGAACAGAAACACAUUGUUCAGGCUUCGGCCGUUCUGGCCUCCAGCUAUGGCAUAAUCCUCUGCCAUUUUGUCCCUAAGUGCUUUAUAGUCCUGUGCGAUUUGUCAGGGAAUUCAAAUUCUUCCAGGAGGGGAAGAUUGGGUAGGCAUGUUGGACACCACACAGAAAGGGCAGACAAUAUUGUGUUACCUGAACAAGGCCACAUCACUCCGACCUCAGGUAUAAUCACUCAAGGUGUGGAAGAGGAUUCAGCAGAAUCUGUGCAGACAGUUAGCACACUUUCUAGUAAUGAUACCACCAGUGCUGUACAUAAUGUGGGUUCAUCAGAGGAGGAUAGAGACGGCGCUAUAAACUCAACACAGAACAGAAAAAGACACACUAACACAUAA